AUGGAUCAAAAUCUGAUUAAUCAAUAUUUAAAUAAUAAACAGCACCACGAUAAGCAGUUAGGUGCAGAAAAUAAUUCCAGCUAUAAUGAAAAUACACCAUCUGAUGAUAUCGAGAAUGCAUCAUAUAAUUUAAUAAGCGACAUGAAUUAUAUGGCAAGAGAUAAGACUGAUAAUGUUCAUAACCGUGGUUUGGAAGCAAACAAUGCUAACAGUUUCAAUUUAGAAAAUAUGGGCGGUGAAACUAGAUUUUUAGAUGACAUUUUUGCGAAUUCAAAUGGUAACGACGUGAGUGAGAUUUUCAAUAGUAUGAAUCAUCAAAACUCUAUAAGUAAUAAUGAUAGGAUUAUGAGGAGCAAUCUUGAUCAAUAUAAUGACAACAUCGAUAAUAUCCCUGGAAUAGAAACUACGGAUUUUUUAUUUGCCAAAGAAGCAAUGCAGCCUGGAAUUGACCUGGCUUCCUCAUUGGGAUCUAGUAUCCAUUCUGAUAUAAAUUCCGGUUCCUAUCAACCACAAGCAUUCAGUUAUAAUGGUAGUGGGAUUAAUACUAGUAAUAAUAGUUUUAAUGUCAAUAACACAUCGAAUCUCAAUUCCAUGAGAUCACUAAGCACUUCAUUGAGGACUGGUAAUUAUUUAUCAUCAUCGCUACGACAACCUAGCCUUAUAAAUCCAGAUUAUAACAACGCAAUGACUCCAAGUUCUGUAAAUAGCAUCUCAAAAUUUGAAGCAACAAUAUCGCCAGGUGUAUCAGGGUCGUCAAGUGCAGCUCCAAGUUCAAGUGUUCCAAAUAAAAUGGUUUCACAUAUGUCUGCGGAAGAGAAACGAAAACGUAAAAGAGAAUUCCAUAACGCUGUUGAGAGGAGGAGGCGUGAACUUAUCAAGGAGAAGAUCAAAGAGUUAGGAAAAUUAGUGCCACCUUCACUCUUUAUGUAUGAUGCAGCUACUGGCAAGAAAAUAAAAGCAAAUAAAGGUACAAUUUUAUACAAAACAGUAGAAUAUUUAGAAUUCCUGAAAAAUGUAGUCGAAGCUCAACAUUACAGGAAAAAAAAAUUGCUACUCAAGUUGCAAGAGUUGAAUCAUGUAAAUGAGACAGAUAAGAGUCUGUUUGACAAUUCUAAUGAAGUGAAAUUAGAAGUAGAUGAUAAUUCCAUGACCUUUUCUACAGAAAAAAUAAUCGAUGCCCGAGUAACAUCUAAUGCUAAUCCACAUCUCGAAAAAUUUAUUCUUGAAGCUGAUCAUAACCUGUAUCCUGGUGAAGCAUCCCUACAACAACCUGCCAAUACGGCUCAGUAUCAACAGUAUCAACAAAGUCAAAGCGAUGAUUUUGCGAACGACAAUCUAAAUCAAUACUUAUCGGGAGCUCUAAUUGAAGCAGAAGAUAAUGCACAAUUAACCUACAACGUGGGACAGGACGGUACUACUCCUGCUGACUAUCUAUUAGAAUUUGAUGCUAUUUAA